AUGAUCUUAAACAUUACAAAAACCAAAAUUCCUUUAAUAACAAAGGUUUUCUAUUCGAGCAGUCCGAAAAUACCGAUAAAUAUUGCGGAAAAAACGAUAUCGGCGCACAAUCAACCCACUAACGGGGUAGUUUACGACAAGAAGCCGUUUAAAUUUACCAUGCAAGCGGGUAAAAGAUAUUCCUGGUGUUUGUGCGGCAGGAGUAAAACUCAACCGUUCUGCGAUGGAACCCACAGGAAUGCCCAACUUAAAAUAGAACAAAAACCCGUAACGGUUGUAGUAGAAGAAACUAAAGAGUACUGGUUAUGUAACUGUAAGCAAACGAAACAUCGACCUUUCUGCGAUGGAACGCACAAAUUAAAAGAAGUACUGGACGCGACUUCGAUAAUCAGGCAAUAA